AAAAUGAACAAAUGUUUCUGAUUUCAGUAUUGAAGAGAGGCAAGAUAAGAAGCCUUGAAGCUGCGCUGUCUGAGCUUGACAAGAGAUUCACUGAAAUAAUGCCGGACGAAGGAGAUUUCCUCGAUGAUCCUGACCAUAAGCAAAGAGCUGCAAAACUAAAAACCGAAUACUUCGGUAACUCGACAAUAAGCAAUGAAACCAUGCCUCAACUGACCAAGCUGUUCAGUGAUAUUUACUUCUUGAAUGGAAUAAAAAGUACCAUAUCUAGACACGAAGGAGAAAAAUACGUUUAUAAAUUUGGAUACGAAGGGUCGUAUUCAAAUACACAGGAGUUAUCUGGAGACCCGACUUACAGGAAUGGUGUUUGUCAUGCCGAUGAUCUGUUUUAUUUGUUUCCUACGAAGCCAAACCUUGAUAUUUAUGUUGUAAGUGAGACGGAGAAGGAUAAAGAGAUGAGCGCUAAAUUUGUCGACGUAGUCACCAACUUCGUAAUUGAAGGGUAAAUUCUUUGUUAUGUAAA